CCACAGUCACAUUACCUGCACAGGUCCUGCCAUCUUGCUUUCCACCUUCUCUUCUGUACUCAUGAUACUGGGUACAGCUCGCGACAUCCAUCACAAGAUCGGCACCGCAGACCAACUUCGCAAUGCCCAAGUCUCGUCUACUCCCGUCUGUAGCGCAGACAAUAGUCUUUUCUCUCUCAACGAUGAUCAUCUCUCAUCAUCUCUGGAAGAACGCAGGCGACUAUGUCACAAAAAGCGAAGUCUUCCAAGACUGGAAGGUCGCUGCCGAGAAGAUGGAAAAUAACUCAAAGUCCACAUCCUCUUCCGCCAAACCUGUGGCAAACUUGACGGGACAGUACGAAGUAAAUGUGAAAAAUUACGACAAGGAUGGGGAACUAAUUGACACGUACAAUUAUACAAUGGGCAAGAAUGAAGGAAAUAAGACUGAGACGAAGGCCAUCGAGGAAUCUGUCAACGUAACAGUCGAAGACACGGGCAAAACGAACCAAACGACAACAAAGAACGAGAAUCCGCACGAACAUCAGAAGCCCUUCUACAGCCACAAACUACCUCUCAACUUUCUCUACCUCCUCCUAAUCACACCACUACUCUACCUCUGGCAAAUCCAACUCGAGCGAACAUUUCCCGGGAGGCUGAAAGCUGCAGACAUAAUCGCCAAACAAUCCCAUCACAGAAAUUCGUCUUCCGCUUCCUCGUCCUCAGCAUCUUUACUUCAAAACCAGGAUCCCGCUGGUUUCGACGACAUCGGCGAAGACGAUUCUACUCGCGAAGAAGCCAUUGUGCAGAAAUGGAUCGAACAAGGGAAAGUCAAACGUCAAUCGCUGAACUGGCUGAACACUUUGACGAAAUGGGUUCUCGAAAUGACAGUCGCAUCGCUUUGUCAAGUCUUUCUUGACGCGGCGUGGGAUGAUCUUGUUGUUCAUGGAGCUUGGAAGAAAUUGUGGAUUUUUGGAGGGAAGGGGUGGAUUGGCUGGUGGAUAACACUUGAAGUCCUACUUCGAUACCUCUGGUCCUUCGUCGGCCUGCGACCGCUUGCAACAUUAGUUUCUUUCGUCGUGAUUCCGGCUCAUCAGCGAAUUGUGUUUGUGGCUGGAGUCGAUCUGGUCUGUGCGACAUUCUUGGGAUUGGUUGUCAAGGCAUUUCUGCCUUGGGUGGAAGGAAUGCAGCUUGUAAAAGAUUUGGUGGGGAAUAUGACGGAGACGGCGAAUUCGGGUGGAACUGAGUUCUCGAAGAUAGGAAGAGGUCCUGCUGGUGGUGAAGAGAUGUGA